GUCCCCAGGCCCUGAGACCAGACACCAUGAAGCCGCUGCUCCUGUUUGGAUUCCUGCUGCUGCUGCCGCUGGGGCUUCUGGCCACACGAUCCCACCCCUUCCAGGGCCACCCCUGGAAGGGCCCAAAGGAGAAGAUGACCACAGUGAAUGAGUCCAGUGAGGAGGGAGCACGUCCGCCCAUAGUGAUCACCGAGAGCGGAGAACCCUGCCACUUCCCCUUCCAGUUCCACCGUAGGCUCUACCGCGGCUGCAUCAAACGGGGACGACCUGGGCCCAAAGCUUGGUGUGCCACCACUAAGAACUACGAUAGGGACCAGCAGUGGUCCUACUGCCUGGACCAGAAGGACCAGAAGAAAGGGAAAGAUCACUGCCUCCAGAAUCCAUGCCAGAAGGGAGGAACCUGUAUCAGCACCUGGAAGAGGGCCCACUGCCUCUGCCCCUCACACCUGACAGGGCAGUUCUGCCAAAAAGAGAAAUGCUUUGAGCCUCAGCUGCUGCAGCUUUUCCCUGAGAACGAGAUGUGGUGGAGGGCUGAGCCCACUGGUGUGGCUAAGUGUCAGUGCCAGGGACCCCAGGUUAUCUGCAAGAGGGUGCCACAUACCACAGCCUGCUCCACCAACCCCUGUCUCCACGGAGGGAGCUGUUUGGAGGCUGAGAAGAGACAGGUCUGCAGCUGCCCCGCUGGCUUUGCUGGGCCCUUCUGCGACAUUGACCAGCGGACGAGCUGCUAUGAGGGGAAUGGAAUCGGCUACCGGGGCACUGCCCAGACCACCACUUCUGGGAGGCCCUGCCAGGCGUGGAACUCAGAGAUCACCUUUCAGGCUCUCUCCCAGGAGCAGGCCCUGCUCAAGGGUCUGGGUGACCACCCUUACUGCAGGAAUCCUAACAAUGACACCCGGCCCUGGUGCUUUGUGUUCAUGGGGGACGGGCUCAGCUGGGAGUACUGUGAGCUGCCCUCGUGUGGGCCUGAGCCUACCAAAUCUACAGCCCCAACGGUGGGCCCGGCCACCCCCGGGGGAGACCCCAGUGACAUCCAGUUGCUCACUCGGAAGGUGACUCCUCCACAUGUCUGCGGUCACCGGCAGAAGAGGAGGCUGUCCCCGCUGGCCAGGGUGGUCGGGGGGCUGGUGGCCCUGCCGGGCUCGCACCCCUACCUGGCUGCUCUCUACCUGGGGAAGAUAUCCUGCGCUGGGAGCCUCAUUGCUCCCUGUUGGGUGCUGACCGCUGCACACUGCCUGGAAACCAGGCCCCCUGUGGAGAAACUGAGGGUGGUCCUGGGCCAAGCCUUGUACAACGUCAGCUGUGAGCAGUGCCAGGAGUUUGCGGUGCAGGAAUACCGGCUCCACGAGCAAUACAAUCCUGAAACCUACCAGCACGACAUUGCCCUGCUGCGCCUGAAGGAGAGGGAGGAUGGUGGCUGUGCCCAGUUUUCACCCUUCAUCCAGACCGCGUGCCUGCCCAACGUCACCAAGCCACUCAGUGCCCCUGCUCCCCUCUGUGAGAUUGCCGGCUGGGGACACCAGUAUGAAGGGGCCGAACAGUACUCCAACUUCCUGCAAGAGGCCCAGCUGCCCCUCAUCCCCCAAGAGAGAUGCUCUUCACUGGAGGUGCACGGGGCCAAAAUCACCCCGGACAUGCUCUGUGCCGGCUACCUGGAGGGGGGAACCGACGCUUGCCAGGGGGACUCUGGGGGUCCACUGGUGUGUGAAGAGGCCGAGGGCCGGGUCACCCUGCGGGGGAUCAUCAGCUGGGGCGAGGGCUGCGGUGACCAGAACAAGCCCGGGGUCUACACCAACGUGGCCCACCACCUGCCCUGGAUCCAGACUCACAUCGCCCCCGAGAGCCCCUCGGAGGGACCCCUGGCCCUGGGUCCCUGAGGGAAGAGUGCCCCCCA